CAGGAGCCGCAGCGGGAGCCCUCGCCGUGCGACAGCCUCGGCGAGGUCGCGGACGAGCGCCGCACCGUGUCCGCGGGGGCCCGCCCCGCCGCCGCCGCCGCGGCCCCGCAGGGCGUGGCGAAGUCGGAGAAGCUGGACGGCUUCCCCUCCGUAGUGCUCGAGCUCUGCGGCGAGGGCGUCGCGGACGUGCCCCUUCGCCAGCGCAGCGUGGGCCCGACCCCGCUGGGAGACAGGCCGCUGCUGGUGGGCCGCAGGCACCAGCCGGAGCUGCACGAGCGGGCCGUGACUAAGGAGUGCAUCGAGUUCCUCAGCCGGGACCACUUCUGCGUCGCUUUCGAAGGCGGCGAGUUCUGGCUGCUGGCGCUCACGUCCAACAGGAUGUGGCGCGACAGGGACGGCGAGGAGCCGGUGCAGCUGGCGCGCGACGACCUGGUGACGCUGCUGCCAGGCGACCGCAUCGUCCUCGGCACCGGCGGGGACGUGCUCUCCGCGGCGGCGGCCAGGCGGAGGCGGAGCUUGUCGCCGACGCCGUGCCGAACAGCGGGAGGGCGCGCCGCAGGCUCGCCCUGGUGGUGCUCCGGCUCAACGCCCAGUCUGGACAGACCGUGACGGACAACGGCUCGAGGAGCGGAGACCCCCGCUGCCGCGUGGCGCCGCGCGCGCACCGCCCUCGGGCCGUGCGCCGGGAGUGGCGCCCAGGCAGUCUCUCGCUAAUGAGCCGACGGCCUAGGUUCGAGCCUGGCCCGGGAAUUCGGCGAAUGCACGUGCGCUCGCGGAGAGGGGGGUUGCAGCGGGCCAGAAAGGCCUUCCAACGCCUCUCGAUGGAUGUUUUCGA